GGAGCCGCGGCCUUGCAGCGUCUGCGUCUCCCGCUCGUUCCCGGCGGCCCCGGCGACCCGGCCGCGAGCGCAGCGCCCGUCCGAGGUAAUCGUGCCGGCCGCCCCUGCGCAGCGCCCGGCGCCGGGCCCCACGCCGCGCGCACCUGCUGUCCCUGCCGCGUCCCAGGCUGGGGAGCCGUCUGCCGGGGGUGUGGCCGCCGCCGUGAGGUCGGCGACAGGUGGGCCGGCGGGGGCGGUUCCGCUUCUGCGCCCUCGGGCCGGCGGGGCUCCCGGCUGCCCUGGGGCCAGACCGAGCCGGGGCGCUGGGUCGUCGCGGGGCCAGGGCCCUGGUGGGCAGCCCGCGGGGCGUCCCUGUUGAGGUCCAGCCCUGCAGGUCCUGAGACCUGGCACCAGCCAGCCCAGCCCUGGGAUGAGUUUCCCAGCUCCGGGAAAUGAGCGUCCGGACCGCGAUCUCCCCGCUGACGUGUGAUCUCGGGAGACCUGCGUACACAGGGAGCCACUGAGGGAGAGCGCAGCUUUAAGUCCAUGGCCCAAAAUGCCUCUACCACUGGAGACUCUCUUCUGUAAAGAAGACGACCAGACAGGAGGCUGGAAUGAGCAUGCCACUGCAUCCAAUCUCUGCCAUUCCUUCUCAGGAUGCCACCUGUUCUAGAGGCUACAGAAGUAAGACCAAAGAAAAGGAGAGGGAAGAGCAGAAUGAGAAGACUUUGGGACAUCCCAUGAGUCAUUCAAGUAGCAUUUCUAAGGUCGGGGGUCCUCUGCCGGUGUCGGCUCCUGUGCCCGCCUUCUCUCGCUCUUCUGUCACACCUUCCAGUCAGGACAUCUGCAGUUCCAGGGCAGUGUGUUCUGAGUGUUGUCACCACAGCCCCAUGCAGGCUGCUGUUGUCCUGAAAGCGGCUCGGGGCCCGAGCUCUCUGGCGCCGGGGCUCACAGUGACCGUGCUCUGUGCAGACACCCUGCAGGCGCCACCGAGGAGCCCCGGCGGCUCUGAAUGGGCCGCGGCCUUGAAGCCUGCUCCGAGCAGCAGAGCCAGAAGGACACUCAAGUUCUCCAAGUCCCUGAACGAUGUGGGUGAGAAGGCCCAGGACACCAUGGGAAGCUUUGGCUAUGUGGAAAGAACUUGCUCUGAAGGGAAACUGAUACUCUCUCAAGAUCCGUGUCCCAGAAUUAAUAGGUUCCAUCAUAAACAAAAAAGAACUCUGAAUUGCAAACCUCUUGGCCAUUCCAAACAUUCUUGUGUUUCAUCCCUGUUUGCCAAUCAUCCAGCUGCCUCCGAGGUGGAAGGUGGCAAGGGGGGCAUGCAUGUCCCUCUUUUGGAAGAGAAAGCAGACGAAGAGGCCGUUUCCAGAAGCCGGCGGCUGCUCAGGUACCUGUUCUCCCUCCCGCGUGGCUCGAGCGCCAGCAGCCUGCACAGGUUCCACGAGCUGGAGAGCGGGGCGGCCCCCCGGCGCAGCGCCAAGUCCUCCAGCGGCCUGGCCGGCAGCGCGGGCUUCUGCUCCGACGACAUGGGCGAUGACGACGUCUUUGAGGACAACACAUCCGCAAGAUCGAAGAGCAAGGCCCCGCGGGCACCCCUCUGCUCAGUGGAGAAGGACAGUGACCUGGAUGGUUCCUCUCCCCUCUCUGAAAAAUGCCCCCCCAUCUCUCCUGUGUCCACGUCAGGGGAUGCCUGCAGGAUCUGCCACUGCGAGGGGGACGACGAGAGCCCUCUGAUCACGCCCUGCCACUGCACCGGGAGCCUGCACUUCGUGCACCAGGCCUGCCUGCAGCAGUGGAUCAAGAGCUCCGACACGCGCUGCUGCGAGCUCUGCAAGUAUGAGUUCAUCAUGGAGACCAGGCUGAAGCCGCUGAGAAAAUGGGAGAAGCUGCAGAUGACGGCCAGCGAGCGCAGGAAGAUCAUGUGCUCGGUGACGUUCCACGUCAUUGCCAUCACCUGCGUGGUCUGGUCCCUGUAUGUGCUCAUCGACCGCACGACCGAGGAAAUCAAGCAGGGGCAGGCGACAGGAAUCUUGGAGUGGCCCUUCUGGACUAAGCUGGUGGUGGUGGCCAUCGGCUUCACGGGCGGACUUCUUUUCAUGUACUUUCAGUGCAAAGUGUAUGUACAACUGUGGAAGAGACUCAAGGCUUACAACAGAGUAAUCUAUGUUCAGAACUGUCCAGAAACAAGCAAAAAGAAUAUUUUUGAAAAACCUGCCCUCGCGGAGCCCAACUUGGAACACAAAGAUGGGCGUGGAUUCUGCCAUUCCGACACCAACUCCAGUUGCACAGAACCUGAGGACCCCGGAGCGGAAAUCGUCCCCGUCUGAGUGGAGGGGCGGUUUUCCUGCACGUCCACCAGCGGCGAAGGGAGCUGUUGCCCGCCAUCGCGUACCUUCUCCCGUGUGCUGCCAGCAGACCGGCCGGCGACUGUUGUUAAUGCUCCUCUCUCCGCGGCCUCCUGCCCAGGCUCCCGGGAAGCCCCCGGAGGCUGCGUGCCUGGCACCACCUCCGCAGCAGGCCUGUGGGGGAGGUGGAGCCCGGGACACCGGACGGCGAGCUGGCGUGGUCUGAGCAGAAGGAGAGGAUAACAUGUCAGGCCUGAGGGAGGCGCAGGAGCAGGUGGCACCGUGCCCUGAGGGGCAGCUCGUCGGUGGGCAGCAGGCCCAGCCUGGCUUGCAGCGCUCGGAGUGUCGUCACGGUGCGGGACCCCUCCUCCCGGGAGAGCCGGAGGUGCUCCACUGCCCACACGGCCUGCGUCCUCCCCAGCAGGUGGGCCGGGGUGCUCUGUGCAUGGUGGCAGGCAAGUCACUAAGCAAACAGCACUUUACACAAAGAGCCUUUAUUUUAUGUUUCCAGUGAGAUUGACAUGGAAAAGAAAGUCUCCUUUAGGAACCUCUUCAUGACCCUGACGGCCACUUUCAUGUUCUAACAGAUCUGAGACCCUUUCUGCCUUACGUGUCCUAAGAAACGCGACGUCUCUUCUGUGUCCAUUAAAGGGACUUGUGACCAUAAAGCAGCAACAGGUCUGACGCUGUCUCCUAGCAUUUCAGGGAAUGAAUGGUUCUCAGUGGCGACUUGAGCAUAGUUCCUGAGGUUUCAAGCCUGUGUUAUGACAAGUCUUACAGACAUUUCUCUCUUUGUCAGCACUGAAAAGAAAGGGCUUAUAGGGUCUAAAUGCAAGGAAAAGUGAGUAAUUAAAACAAAACUGAAUAUUUAGAAACCAUUCCUUUCCAGACAAGCCUCUCUAGCUUGUGCUGGCUUCCCACUGAAGAGCAGGCGUGCCCGCCUGGCCGGGGUGCACACCGCGGCUCUCCGGCCCCUGCGCCUCGCCAGCCCCUGCUCCAGCGGUGCUGCCCAGGGCAGAGGCAGGCUGGCUGGCUGGGGCCAGCACCCGAGUGCCCGAGCGACCGAGCAGCGACUGCCAUGGCUCACAGUGUCCCUGCCCUCAGCCACACCCCAGCUGCUGGUCGCCUUAACUGGACUGAACAGACGUGAUCUUUUUGGGGCCCUGGCCCCGCGUUCAGUCUGUUCUGUUUUCAGGGAUGCUCUCCCAUUUUUCAUACAACAAACAAAACCAACAUCACUACCAUCAAAUGGCUUUUGUCCCUUAAAGAGUCUCCUUAGAAUUCUGUUUUUACAAAUCAGUGUCAUUGCCCCAGGGACGAAGUUAACUGGGAGGAGGGAGGAGGCGAGGGCCUCGGUGCAACAGUGGGUUUGCCCAGGUGCUCACUUUCCCGGCGACUCUGCCUCCCGGUGCCCGCCUCCUCGGGGUGAGGUGCCCAGGGCCAGCCCUAGUGCUCUGAGCCUGCCGCCUGGCCUGGGUGCUGAGAGGCUCACAGAGGAAAGCCAGGAGGAGGCCGCAGGGUGUCAGCCCUGGGGAGCGCGCGGAGCAGACCGCCCUCAGCCACCUCCUCUCCCCGGAAUCCGACUCCAGGGGCUGGGGCUCCGAUCUGCGGAGCGGCUCUGCAUGGCCUUCCUCGCCUGGGCAGCCAGGGCCGCCGCCAAGCCCUGCACAUGGGUCAGCUCUCCCUCUCGCUGUCUCCCAGGCCCCAUCCAGCCCAGGCCCGUGUUCACUGUGCCCCAAAGUGCAAUUACUCACCCCCUCAGCCGGGACCAGGCGGACCAUUCACUCAGGGUUGCUGAAUCCUGGUCAUCCCGGCUGCCCCUUAGGAGUGGCCUCGCCAAGGCCGCUCUGUCCCCCUCUGACAGCUGAUGAGUGUCAGGUGAAGACUGGGGUAGGUUUUUAAUUGGGGCCCUGCCCUCUCCCCCGAUGGAACCACUUAUGCUGAACUUGAAAGUACCGAGAC